GCUCAUUUUCACAUUCUCCAACUAAAGUUUCUAGUUUGAUUGCCUCUCCCCCUUUUAAAUAGAAACAAAGCUAAAGACACCACAAGAAUCACAAGAAGCAACCAAAUAGAAAAAAAAACUAGAGAUAGAGUGAGAGUGAGAGAUAUGUAUAGGUUCAGUAACACAGUGAUUGGGUUCUUGAACUUGUUCACACUUUUAGCAUCCAUACCCAUAAUUGGAGCAGGUCUAUGGAUGGCAAGGAGUAGCACAACAUGUGAAAAUUUUCUCCAAACACCACUUUUGGUUAUAGGUUUUGUUGUGCUAGUGAUAUCACUAGCAGGCUUCAUUGGUGCAUGUUUUCAUGUGGCAUGUGCACUAUGGUUGUACUUGGUGACCAUGUUGUUCCUCAUAGCAGCACUGUUGGGUUUGACAAUAUUUGGCUUUGGUGUGACAAGUAAGGGUGGUGGUGUGGAAGUGCCUGGUAGGGUUUAUAAAGAGUAUCGUCUUGAGGAUUACUCACCAUGGUUGAAGAAGAGAAUACAAGACCCUCGCUAUUGGAACACUAUAAGGAGCUGUAUUUUGGGCUCUAACACUUGCGCUAAGCUUGCCUCUUGGACCCCUUUGGAUUAUAUGCAGAGGGAUAUGUCUCCAAUACAGUCUGGAUGUUGUAAGCCACCAACUGCUUGCACAUACAACGUGGCAACAAUGAUGAUGAGUCAAGACCCUGAUUGCUAUAGGUGGAAUAAUGCCCCCAAUUUGCUAUGCUAUGAGUGUGAUUCUUGCAAAGCUGGUGUACUUGAAGACAUAAGAAGGAAUUGGCACAAACUGUCUGUUCUCACAGUCACCAUGCUUGUGCUUCUCAUAGGGAUUUAUUCCAUUGGGUGCUGUGCUUUCAGAAACACAAGGAGAGCUGAAACGGAUUAUCCAUAUGGUGAAAACCGGAUGACCAAAGUCCGACCCAGAUGGGAUUACCAUUGGUGGAGAUGGUUACAUGACAGGAAAGACCAGCUUUAUUAGCCAUCUAUCCAUGCUUGGGUGCUCCAUAGAUGUGUAUGGCUAUGGAAGGCCUCAAGGCCUUUGUUUAUACAAGCUUUCCUAAUUGGCUGCUUUUUGUACAAAGCUUAAUUUUGCUUUAUGUAACAGAUGGUUACUUUAUUUUUCCUUUUUUCAUUAGUGGAUGUUUUUUUAAUUUU